GCAGCCCCCGGCGCGGGCGGAGGUGGCGGCGCUGAGCCCGGAGCAGCAGCAGCGCUGGGCGCGGCUCCUGGCGCGACACGCGGGGUGACAGCCACGCGCACCCUGACGCGCCUCUUCCUGGUGCACAGCGUCCCCGAGUCGCUCAAGUUCGCCUUCCUGUUCUACCUGCUGACCUACGUGGGGGCCGUGUGCAACGGGCUGACGCUGCUGGCAGCGGGUGUCGUCUGCGCCUUCACCUUCCCCGUGCUCUACCGGCGCCACCAGGCCCAGAUCGAGCAGCACCUGAGUCUGGUGAGGAGCCACCUGAGCCACCUGCGAGCCAGGGUCCUGGCCAAGCUCCCAAGUGCCAAAGUGAAGCCGCAGUGACACCCCUGUCCCCAGCUGUCCCCAGCUGUCCCCGACGCCACCCCGAGGUGACAGCGGGGGGGGGGGGGGGGGUGUCCCCAAAA